UAUUUUAUAUAUUUUCAGGAGGGACUUUCUGGUAUAUGAAAAUGUUGGACACCCUCCAUACAAAGCUUCUAACAACAAUUACAGUAAGAAGAUUCUGCUGUGCAGAAUUGGGGAGACUCAGCUAGACUCGGUUUACCCAGCAAGCUUUCAACAGGAUGCAGCAAUUUGUCAAUCUAUUGUGUAUGAGAUAUUAUAUCGUGGAGUGUUCAAGCUGGAUGCAGAACUCACAGAGGCUGUGACACUGAUACGUGACCAGAAUAAGAGGAAAAUUACCCUUUUAUCGAAUAGAUUUGAUGAUCUAGAAGACUCCUGUUUAAAAAAAUUCCAAGACAUGCAUUGCUCAGUGAAGGAUCGUCAGUUACGGAAGCCAUCCCCUCCAGUUCCAUACAGGAUAGCUAAGGCUUUGGAUCCGUGUAUCUAUAGAAACGUAGAACUGGAUAUCUGGGAAGAAGAGAAAAGGGAGCAAAUCAAAGAGUCUCCCGAAUAUAGAGAACGGUUUGCACCAGGAGAUAAAUGCCAGGUCAUUUUAGAAGGUGAACAUUACCAUGGACAUAUACAGGAAAUAAGUGCUGAAGAUAACACUGCUGUUGUAUUCAUACAUGAACUUGGAGAGAAGUAUGUUCAAAUUUUCUUGUCAUUUACCCAGAACACAUUAAUAAUAUCAGAAAGAAGAAAGCAUAAAAUACAACCAAGCAAAAUGAUAGUAAACUCAAUUUGAUUGAGUCUGUUCAUGAGAGGUAAUGAAGAGUGCAACACCCAGUAUGCCCCUUGCACUGGCUUAAGUGAAAUUCUACAAAGUUGAAUGAACUCCAUGAUCCCAAAAGACAAGAAAAUAUAGCAACACUGAAUUCAAGUAUGGGGAGACAUUUUACUGCCACCACACACAGCACUUACA